UUCGCGUGUUUUUUCUCUCUCGCUGCAAAAGAAGGGAGGGUGAAGACCGGGGGGCGCGUUUGACUCCUGUCUCCCCAACACCCCCCCCCCAGUCCGUACGAGUCGGCUUUGGGAAGAAAGGGACCUGGAACCUGGGACGCGCAGAUAACGCUCGGCACCAGUAAAGGGGACACGCAUUCGGAGAGAGCCGCGCGCGGCGGUGUCGCGCACGGAUUAUUAUAGGGUUUUUUAUUUCUUCUUUCACUCAGGAGAUUCGGAAUACGAACAGACGGGGAAUAUUGUGUUUCAUACUCGCACCCCCCUCGUUAACAAGUGACUGCUCCGGCUGCUGAGGAAACUUAAAUAAAAGCUUUUGGUUUUUCUUCACCCUCCUUGGAUGCGAAAGUAACUGUUUUUUCUUUUUCUUUCUGGAGGAAUACGACCGCUCAUCCAACAGCGGACACGGAUUUAAAAGCGGGGUUUGUCCCUGAAAUACUUUCUAAAGUGCCAAGCCGUCCUGAGCGAAGACCUUCCCGACCUUCCAGUCCGGUCCUCGGCCCUGAGGCCGGGUCUAAGACCGGUCCCACCCCGCCCCCCCCCACCCAUCCCUUACCGAAGCCAAGAUGGCCACCAGCGGUGCUCCUCGCCUCUCCUUGCCUCUCCUGCUGCCUGUCGCCACUGUGCUGCUAUCGCUGCUGCUCAGCAGCUCCCAAGCCUUAUCACCGCCGCGGUUCACCAAAGUUCCCGUCGACCAGAUUGGCGUCUCAGGGGGCGUGGUCUCCUUUGUGUGCCAGGCGACGGGCGACCCCAAGCCGAGGGUGAGCUGGAACAAGAAAGGCAAGAAGGUCAACUCCCAGCGUAUAGAGACCAUCGAGUUUGACGAGGGUGCCGGCGCCGUACUCAGAAUCCAGCCUCUCCGAGCACCUCGUGACGAGAACAUCUAUGAAUGCGUUGCGGAGAACAGCGAGGCAGAGGUCACUAUUAACGCCAAGCUGUCCAUCAUCCGAGAGGACCUGCUCCCACCAGGCUUCCCUAACAUUGACAUGGGCCCCCAACUCAAGGUGGUGGAGCGCACUCGAACAGCCACCAUGCUCUGCGCUGCCAGUGGCAACCCGGACCCAGAAAUCACCUGGUACAAGGACUUUCUGCCCAUUGACCCGAGUACAAGCAACGGGCGAAUCAAGCAGCUACGCUCAGAAACCUUUGAGGGUACCCCGAUUCGAGGUGCCUUGCAGAUCGAGAACAGCGAGGAGACCGACCAGGGGAAGUACGAGUGUGUGGCGUCUAAUGUGGAAGGCGUGCGCUACUCGUCCCCCGCUAACCUUUAUGUGCGAGAGCUUCGAGAAGUCCGGCGGGUGCCUCCACGCUUCUCCAUUCCUCCAACAAGUCAGGAAAUUAUGCCCGGUGGCAGUGUGAACAUAACGUGCGUGGCGGUGGGGUCGCCCAUGCCUUACGUCAAGUGGAUGCUAAACGCAGAGGAUUUGACACCAGAGGACGAGAUGCCAGUGGGCAGAAAUGUCCUCGAACUGAGCAGCGUCCGUGAGUCAGCCAACUACACCUGCGUGGCUAUGAGCAGCCUCGGCAUCAUUGAAGCUGUGGCGCAGAUCACUGUCAAAUCUCUUCCCAAGCCUCCAGGUACCCCUGUAGUUACAGAAACCACUGCCACCAGUGUGACUAUCACCUGGGACUCGGGUAACCCAGACCCAGUGACUUACUAUAUAAUCCAGUAUAGAGCCAAGUCCCCAGACAGCAAGUACGAAACGGUGGACGACAUCACCACCACGCGUUACAGCAUUGGUGGCCUCUACCCCAACACCGAGUAUGAAAUCCGCGUCUCAGCGGUCAACACAAUCGGCCAGGGUCCUCCCAGUGAGCCGGUAGAAACCCGGACCGGUGAACAGGCCCCCGCCAGCCCACCACGAAACAUACAGGCCCAGAUCAUAUCCCAAAAUACCAUGAUGGUACGCUGGGAAGAGCCAGAGGAGCCCAAUGGGCAGAUCAAGGGCUACCGUGUUUACUACACCAUGGACGAUUCCCAACCGAUGAGCCUGUGGCAGAUCCAUAAUGUCCAGGACAGCCUCAUCACCACUGUCCAGAGCCUGGUUCCUCAAGAGACAUACACCAUCAAAGUGCUAGCAUUCACUUCUGUAGGCGACGGACCUUUCUCAGAGCCCAUCCACGUCAAAGUACUCCAAGGAGUUCCAGGUCAACCAUCCAAAUUUCAGGUUGGGGCUUUUACUGAUACCAGCAUCGAGCUGACCUGGGAAGCUGCCUAUGAGAAAGAAGGAAUCAUAACCUAUGAACUCCGCUACAUGGAAGGCAGUUUUGGCACUCAGAUGAAGAAAUCAUUUGGACCUGCGUCUUCAUACGUUGUGGAAAAUCUCCGCCCAAACACAGAGUACCACUUCUCACUGGCAGCCAUCUCUAACAAAGGAAUCGGAGCCUUCACCAAUGACUUAUUGCAGAAGACCUUGCAAGCCAAGCCCUCAGCCCCCCCUCAAGACAUUAAGUGCCAUAGCCCGAGCUCCACCAGCCUGCUGGUACGUUGGCGCCCCCCGCCUUUGAUGAGUCACAACGGUGACCUGGUGGGGUACAGGGUGCGCUACCAGGUGGUGGGCCCGUCAGAGGGCGGCAGUGACGAUGGAGAGCCCAUGGAGGAGCCCAGAGUCCCUCCCAGAGUCCCUCCCACUGAAGACGUGGUGCUGCUGAAUCGACUGGAGAAAUGGACCCAGUACCGCGUCACUGUAUCUGCCCGUACUGUGAUCGGGCCAGGCCCCGAGAGCGAGCCCCUACUCUGCCGCACAGACGAAGACGUUCCCGGGGCUCCUCCCAGGCGAGUAGAGGUGGAGGUCCUCAACUCCACAGCACUAAAGGUGAUGUGGCGCUCUCUGACGCCAGGCAAGCAGCAUGGUCAGAUCCGUGGCUACCAGGUACACUACGUACGCGUGGAAAACGGCGAGUCCCGAGGCCCGCCCCAUAUCAAGGACGUCAUGCUGGCCGACGCCCAGUGGGAAACGGACGAUACGGCUGAAUAUGAAAUGGUCAUUGGAGGACUCAAGCCAGACACCACUUACUCCAUCACAGUGGCAGCGUACACCACCAAGGGGGAUGGAGCCCGGAGCAAACCCAAACUGGUGGUGACCAAAGGGCCAGUGCCUGGUCUUCCCUAUCUGUCAGUGGAACAGGACUCAGAAACAUCUGCUGUGGUUCGCUGGGACCCUCCAGAUUUCACCAACGGCAUGGACCUGCAGGGUUACCGGCUCCAGUUUGGCCGGAAAGAUGUUUCUCCUUUGGCCACACUGGAAUUUGCUCCCCAAGAACGACAGUACCCUGUGGUCAACAUUCACCUGGGGGCCACCUAUCUCUUUAAAGUCUCAGCCAAGAGCAGGGGGGGCUUUGGUGAAGAGGCUGUGGUAGAACUCAGUGUGCCCGAGAAGACACCCGGGGGAUACCCUCAAAUUCACGAGGGUUCAAACGUGACAUGCUGCUCACUGCAGCUGUCCUGGUCUCCUCCCAUCCUGGCGGAGAGAAACGGGGUAAUAACAGAGUACACUUUGGCCUAUAAGGAAACCGGCACAGGAGGAGCAUCAAGGGAGCUCCGCUUUCCCCCCAGCCAGUGCAGCUAUGUUGUCAACAGCCUCAAACCCAACUCGGCGUACGAUGUGAAAAUACGUGCACAUACCAUUGUAGGUCCGGGGCCAUACAGCCCGACUAUCCAGUAUCGGACGGUGGCCUUUGAUCCAACAGAUGUUCCAAAGAAUUUCACGGUCAAGUGGGCCACCAAAACCACAGUAGUCAUUGCGUGGAAGUUCUCUGAAAGCAGGUCUCCAUACAAAUGCACGGUUGAGUACAACCGUCAAAAGAUGGAUGUGGAUGCCAGACAGAUGAGGGUUCUUGUCACUGGACUAAAGCACAACACCACCUACGAGUUCAGGGUGACCUGCCAAGACAGCACGGACGGUGGACCAAGACACCGUGUGGUUGCCAAGACCGCACCUCUCAUCCUUGUUAAGAAACCCAAGCUGGACAUCUAUGCUGAGCCUGACAAUAUCCUCACAAUGUCCUUCCCCCCGGUCGAUAACAAGGAUGUCAAGAACUUUUAUGUGGUUGUGGUGCCACUUGAGAGGACCUCAAGAUCUGUCAAAAACCUGAAGAAUCCAGAUGACAUGGACAUGGAAGAGCUGUUGCGGGAGGUGACCCCAAAGCGACGUUCACGCCGCCAGCUAGCGCAGCUGGACCAGAGGAAGCCCUUCAUCACAGCCUGCUUCAGGCAGCUGCCCUCCAGCUUCACUGUGGGAUCCGACUACCGCCACAGCAGCUGUGAGAACAAGCCUCUUGAACCUGGCCAGGAGUACGUCUUCUUCCUGUUGGCCGAACUCAAUGCCACUGGGAAAACGUUUGCUACCAGCCCUUACACCGACACGGUGAUGACUCCCAAGUUGGAGGUGGAACCACUUCAAGUGGAGACUGGUGACGGACUCAUAUGGGUGGUGGGCCCAGUCCUCGCCGUGGUCUUCAUCAUCUGCAUCGUCAUCGCGAUUCUCCUGUAUAAAAACAAACCUGACAGCCGCAAGAGAAAAGAGUCCGAGCCGCGCACAAAAUGUCUGCUGAACAACGCAGACAUUACGCCCCACCACCCUACAGACCCCGUGGAGAUGAGACGCAUCAACUUCCAGACGCCAGAUUCUGGUCUAAGCAGUCCUCAGGGCGAAGCAGAUUUUGACUAUGAAAGCAUGAUGAAUCAUCCUCCCAUCCCGAUAUCGGAGCUGGCUGAACACACGGAGCUUCUCAAGGCCAACGACAACCUCAAGCUCUCCCAGGAAUAUGAGUCCAUCGAUCCAGGCCAGCAGUUCACCUGGGAACAUUCCAACCUGGAGGUGAACAAGCCCAAGAAUCGUUACGCCAACGUCAUUGCCUACGACCACUCCCGCGUCAUCCUGGCUCCCAUUGAGGGAAUCACAGGGAGCGACUAUAUCAACGCCAACUACAUUGACGGCUACAGGAAGCAGAAUGCCUACAUCGCCACCCAGGGUCCGUUACCAGAGACGUUCGGGGACUUCUGGAGGAUGGUGUGGGAACAGAGAGCAGCAACCGUGGUCAUGAUGACCCGACUGGAGGAGAAGUCACGGAUUAAGUGUGACCAGUAUUGGCCCAGUCGCGGCACAGAAACCUAUGGUAUGACCCAAGUGACCUUGUUGGACACCAUAGAAUUGGCCACUUUCUGUGUCCGCACCUUCUCCUUGCACAAGAAUGGCUCUAGUGAGAAGCGGGAGGUUCGUCAGUUCCAGUUCACGGCGUGGCCGGACCACGGGGUACCAGAGUAUCCCACACCCUUCCUGGCUUUCCUCCGUAGGGUGAAGACGUGCAACCCGCCUGACGCAGGACCCAUCAUCGCCCACUGCAGUGCGGGCGUCGGCAGGACGGGUUGCUUCAUCGUCAUCGACGCCAUGCUCGAGCGCAUCAAGCACGAGAAGACGGUCGAUAUAUAUGGCCAUGUGACGCUGAUGCGCUCGCAGCGGAACUACAUGGUGCAGACGGAGGACCAGUACAGCUUUAUUCACGACGCGCUGUUGGAGGCGGUGGCCUGCGGCAACACGGAGGUGGCGGCCCGCAGCCUUUACUCCUACAUCCAAAAACUGGCCCAGGUGGAGAGCGGCGAGCACGUCACUGGCAUGGAGCUAGAGUUCAAGCGUUUGGCCAACUCCAAAGCCCACACGUCACGCUUCAUCAGCGCCAACCUUCCCUGCAACAAGUUCAAGAAUCGGCUGGUCAACAUCAUGCCCUACGAGACCACGCGCGUUUGCCUGCAGCCAAUCAGAGGCCUGGAAGGAUCCGACUACAUCAAUUCCAGCUUCAUCGACGGAUACAGGCAACAGAAGGCGUACAUCGCCACGCAGGGCCCUCUUGCAGAGACUACAGAAGACUUCUGGAGAAUGCUCUGGGAGAACAACUCUACCAUUGUUGUCAUGUUGACCAAACUCAGAGAGAUGGGACGGGAAAAGUGUCACCAGUACUGGCCGGCUGAGCGCUCUGCCCGGUACCAGUACUUUGUGGUUGAUCCCAUGGCGGAGUACAACAUGCCCCAGUACAUCCUCCGUGAGUUCAAGGUCACGGACGCCAGGGAUGGCCAGUCAAGGACAGUGAGGCAGUUCCAGUUCACUGAUUGGCCAGAGCAAGGUGUGCCCAAAUCCGGGGAGGGAUUUAUCGAUUUCAUCGGCCAGGUGCAUAAAACAAAGGAGCAGUUCGGGCAGGAUGGACCAAUCUCUGUCCAUUGCAGUGCUGGUGUGGGAAGAACCGGAGUCUUCAUCACCCUCAGUAUCGUCCUGGAGCGAAUGCGCUAUGAAGGCGUGGUUGAUAUCUUCCAGACGGUGAAGAUGCUCCGGACACAGAGGCCAGCAAUGGUCCAGACUGAGGAUGAGUACCAAUUCUGCUAUCAUGCAGCUCUGGAGUACUUAGGAAGCUUUGAUCACUAUGCAACGUAAAAAGCCAUCUUCUCCUCCCAGAAUCCUGUCACCCCCCCCCACCAGUCUCCUGAGCCAUAGAAACUUUGAAAAUUUAAACGACGACAGAAGAGGACAAUAACACCAUCACAAUUCAGACGUACCAAAUAGGAUCCCGUUGUAGAUUUUCAAAAGAUGACGCCUAAGCAACCGAUUAAAGAUAAUUCCAAUUCGACUGAGAGGCCCUUCGUUAAGAAAAGAAAAACCCUCAUCAGGGGUGGAACCAGGCGCUCUGGCUCGAUCUAUGGGGCAGGUAUCAAUCCAGACUGCUUUCCUUACCUCAAGUCUAACAAUGUGGAGGACAUUGUAAACAUUCAUGGACAUUUAUCUUCUCAAAAAUAUCUUUGUGAUACAACGGUAACAAGCAACAGUGACUGAAGACGAAGGCAACCGCAAAAAUCAAUGAGAGACAGGUGGAUGUAGCCAAGCCCGGGUGACUUUAUUGUUUUUUUGAUAUGCCGUGGUGUUUUAGGGGGUUGAGUUAUUUCUAUCAACAAAUGACCAAAUUGUGGUUGUUGUGUGAAUCCAAAUUGUUUCCCCCCAAAUUCUGGUAAAACGGAAAGAAAAAAAAAAACUGUGGAAAUUUAACUAGCACGAGAACACUACCAUCUAGCAUCAAACACACUUUGAGUUUUUCUUACACUGUCCCACUGAUGAAAGGCAUAAAUCGUGUGAAAAACACCCAACAAUCAACAUACGCGUCACAUGACUGCCUGUUGUCAAGCGCUCUGAGCUCAGAGAAUAAACUGUCAGUGCCUGUGGAUGAGAAAGCAGCAAGACGUAUCUUAAGCUCAGUUAUUUUUUCUGGAAUUGGAAAGCCAAGUGACCACAGUGGUGGUGAGAUGCCAGUGCGUGUUAGAAGUACCCCAGGAGGCUGCUGUCCCACUACCCAGCGGAACCGGGGAGAACCUCGGCCAAUGCAACGGCCGUCUUGUGGAUGGUCGAGGAGGGAGAAACGGAAAUGCAUCCAAGGAUUUUUUCUUUUUUACAAUCACUCCUGUCUUUGGAACAAUUGCAUCAUGGGGCUUUGGUGUUAUUAUCCACUGUGUUAUUAAUCCACAGAGAUUAAUCGGAUGGGCAAGAAGCUUUGGAACAAACGGAACAACCAAACAAAGGAUGGGCGCAGAGUUUGGGCUUUCUUUGUGUACAGUGACCAACGCAACCAUGAUCAUCGUUUAAAACUUUUUUUGUCUUAUGAGAAAUUCUCUUUUUUUUUUUUCUUCAGUUUUUUUCUUUUCAAAUUUUCUGUCAAAACCAAACAUGCUGCUUAUCUUGUGUAUGCUGUGACUCUUAAGGGAGAGGAAAAAGACAAACAAAAGAUGGCCGCCACCUCACACGGCUCGCGCCGCGGGGCGGGGACGACUGAAAGCGCGUCCAUAUGACAACAUGAUCCAACAGUGUUUUCCACUUCUUCUAUUUUUUUUCCAGCCUCCUCUAUCGUCAUCUACUUCAUUGUGUGAGACACUCGAGAGCGGCAGAGGCCUGUUGCAUAUACAAAGCUGUACGUUCUUGGGGUUAACAAAUUGGCCUUUAGUUCCACUGUAUGUGUGUUUGGUAACAGGUGGAUGAACAAAGUAGUUGCUUUGCUUUUUUCUCCGUUUUAUAGGUGAUGUCUUUGUGGGUGACAGGCCAUGUUGAAUCUCAAUGCCAUGAUGUGAUAAUGAAAUUCUUCGGUACAACUUACUUGCACAUCCCUGAGACAGAAAAAAGAAGAAGAAACUUGACCCCUUCCCCCCCACCAAACAACUGCAAGUUGGAUUUGACGCAUUAAUGUAUACGUGUCUGAUUGAAAAAAUACAAAAAAAACAAAAAAAAAAGGUUUCUGAAUUCAGCAAGUAUUCAUUUUGAGAUCCGUGCUUUGGGACAGACGAGUGUACGGAUUCUGUGGAGGUUUCUGAACGGUGUGCACAAAAACCAGAGCGAUGGACAGAACUGCGUGUAAUCUUUCCUUAUUUCCAAGAAAGCCUUAUUGUUAUUGUAACAUCAUGAAAAAAAAUUACUGUUGUAUUAUGAUGACUUAUUUUAAAGGACAUAGUUGACCUUUUAUUUUACUUUUGGUUUAGUUUUUUAACAGAUGAUGUAUCACCUUUUUUUUUAUUAGCAGGAAAAGAGAAAUGCUUAUUUGUUCAUAUUACGUUGAAAGACAUUCUAUUUUUUCACUGUAGAAAUGUUAAGUAUAACAUGUCUGUGUGUAUCUGUGCAUAUAUAUAUAUAUAUAUAUAUAUAUAUAUAUAUUCUGCAUAAUCACACAGACAUAUAUAUUUAAAUGCAGAAUAUAAAGAUAUAUCCAAACACUUAGUAUUAAUGGCAUUUAUCUCCUCAUCUUUAUUUUAUACCACCCACUUCUCAUGUUGAAAAAUAUCAGUUUUAUUGGUUUGUUUUUUGUUUGUGUUUAUUUUUGUAAUCCUAGAAACCAUGUGCGUUUCUUUCAAAAAAAAGGAGGUGAUGUCAGUGUCUUGGCCUGAUUCACUCACCAAUGUUUAAUUUCUUUCCCUGAGUGGAUCCUGUGCCGAUGAGGAGAUGCUAUUUUUAAACCUUGUUGAGAUUCUUCAUUAUCAUUAACUUGUAGACAUUAGUAUUAUUUUGAUUUUUUUAGCAACUGUGGAAUUAUGAACUGGUCUACAGAAUAUUUAAUCAAUCAAAAAUGUAAUUUGUAAUUUUUCUUUUUGCUAAAUCAGCCCUACUUGACAUACUGUACCUAUAUGACUAUGUGCAGACUAUGAACCUCACAGUUUUUAAGAACAUCCUCCAUGUUUUUUCUCAUUUUUUACUUUUGUUAAUCAUUUUCUGACAUAAUGUGGUCUUUCAUUUUGUUAAAUAUCGACUAUGAUCUAGAAUAUACCUGUAAAUAAAACAAAUAUAUAGAUUAUA